AUGCCUCGUGAGAUCGAUAUAUCGAAUAUCGAGCGGAACUUCAUCCUCGAAGCUCUUGGACAAGAUGUCCGCGUGGAUGGUCGGCGUCUCGACCAACUGAGAGAUCUGAACCUAGAAUUUGGAGUCGAAUAUGGAACAGUCACGCUACGUUUAGGCAAAACAAGAGUUCACGUGCAGGUUUCCGCUGAGGUGACGAAGCCUCUGGAAGAGCGCAAGUUCGAGGGAGUUUUUAGUAUUGUCACGGAACUCAGUCCCAUCGCCUCUCCAGCGUAUGAAGUUGGCAGGCAGACCGAGCAGGAGCUCAUCCUCUCUAGGACACUCGAAAAAGCCAUACGCAGAUCCAAUGCCAUCGACACGGAAUCAUUAUGUAUUAUUGCAGGGGCCAAGUGCUGGUCUAUCAGGGCUGAUGUCCAUGUUCUUGAUUCCGACGGCGGACUCAUUGACGCGUCUUGUAUUGCCAUUGUUGCAGCACUGCGACACUUUCGAAGACCUGAUGUGUCCGUCGAUGGCGAGAAUGUGACCAUAUACACCAUGGCAGAACGAGUUCCCGUCCCACUGAGCAUGAUGCACAAUCCAGUGUGUAUCACCUUCAGUUUCUACCACGGAGGAGAGACCAUAUUGCUGGAUGCGACACGCAGUGAAGAACAGGUCCGGGAAGCAGAAAUGGUUCUUACGGUCAACGAUUGGGAACUCUGUCAAGUCGCAAAACUGGGAGGGAGCGCGAUAGAUGCGUUGGUUCUCCUCAAAUGCACCACUACAGCCUUAGCCAAGGGCAAAGAGAUCAAUGGGUUUGUGGCCAGAAAGUUGGCCGAGGACGCAACCAGACGCGAUGUCGGCGGCCUGAUCGCCGAAUUACGCGCUGAGAACGACAGAUGA